AUGCUUGUAUUUAACGAGAAGUAUGUCAAAGGAUACGCAUUCGACCAUGACAAAGUCAAAAAGGCGUUCGAUGUUGAACCCUACAGCCAUGUCGCAUUCUCCCUUAUGCGUACGAUUGCGAGCAAAUAUCGCCACUCAUACAUAGCUGUCGCAGGAGGUCGUCUGCCCGAAGACGAUCUCGAAACUCGUAGAGUUGUCUUUGUGCUGGAUUCCGGAAACGACUAUGACGAGUUGAAGAAGGAGUUGAUGGAUGUUGCACCCUGGUUCGAAGCCACUCAGGAGAAUACUCUGACCGGACCAGACGUGUAUAUUUAUCUCGAUUAUAUGGGCAAUGAUUGA